UUUGACUUCGGCGCUCGCCCCCGCGCUGUGCCCUCUGUCGGCGGCGUGGGGCAGCUGUAGCAGCGGUGGCGGCAGCCGCGUCGACGUCGACCAAGACUGGAGCGACAUUUAGAGAAGGGGCAGGAUCGCCUGGGAGUGCGGAUUCCUGUUGUUGGGGGACUCCCACCCUUCCUCGCGGCCCGAGGAGGAGAAGCGGCGGCGCCGGGAAGCAGCAUGUGUUGACUUCACUUGGCAUUCUCACAUUUCACCGCUGGAGAUUGUAAAGAUAGAGAGGUGUGGGGAAGGGACAAGAGGAUGAGAGAAAAGGGCAUGGAGAGUAGAAAACUGAUUUCUGCUACAGACAUCCAAUACUCUGGCAGUCUGCUGAACUCCUUGAAUGAACAACGUGGCCAUGGACUCUUCUGUGAUGUUACCGUUAUUGUGGAAGACCGAAAAUUCCGGGCCCACAAGAAUAUUCUUUCAGCUUCUAGUACUUACUUCCAUCAGCUCUUCUCCGUUGCCGGGCAAGUCGUUGAACUGAGCUUUAUAAGAGCAGAGAUCUUUGCAGAAAUUCUCAAUUAUAUCUAUAGUUCUAAAAUUGUUCGUGUUAGAUCAGAUUUGCUUGAUGAGUUAAUUAAAUCAGGGCAGUUAUUAGGAGUGAAAUUUAUAGCAGAGCUUGGUGUCCCAUUGUCACAGGUUAAAAGCAUCUCAGGUACAGCUCAGGAUGGUAAUGCUGAAGCCUUACCUCCUGGUUCUAGUGACAAGAACCUUGAAAUACAAAAAUCAAAAGAUGAAGCCCAAGAUAAUGGGGUUACUAUAAUGCCUAUUAUAACAGAGUCUUUUUCAUUAUCUGCCGAAGAUUAUGAAAUGAAAAAAAUCAUUGUUACUGAUUCUGAUUCUGAUGAUGAUGAUGAUGAUGAUGUCAUUUUCUGUUCUGAGAUUCUACCUGCAAAGGACACUUUGCCAAGUAAUAAUGCAGUAGCACAGGUACAGUCUAAUCCAGGCCCUGUUGCUAUUUCAGAUGUUGCACCUUGUGCUAGUAAUGACUCUCCCUCGUUAACAAAUAUCACACCUACUCAGAAACUUCCUACUCCUGUGAAUCAGGCAACUCUGAGCCAAACACAAGGAAGUGAAACAUUGCUGGUAUCUUCGGCUCCAACACAUCUAACUCCCAACAUUAUUUUGUUAAAUCAGACACCGCUUACUACACCACCAAAUAUCACUUCUUCACCUCCAAAUCAUAUGUCCUCUUCAAUCAAUUUGCUUGUGCAGAAUCAGCAAACACCAAACAGUGCUAUUUUAACAGGAAACAAGACCAACGAAGAGGAGGAGGAGGAAAUUAUCGAUGAUGAUGAUGACACUAUUAGCUCCAGUCCAGACUCAGCUGUCAGUAAUACAUCUUUGGUCCCACAGGCUGAUACCUACCAAAAUACCACUUUUGAUGGAUCAUUAAUACAGAAGAUGCAGAUUCCUACACUUCUGCAAGAGCCACUUUCCAAUUCUUUAAAAAUUUCAGAUAUAAUUACUAGAAACACUAAUGAUCCAGGCUUAGAAUCAAAACAUCUAAUGGAGGGUCAGAAGAUUAUCACUCUAGAUACAGCUACUGAAAUAGAAGGCUUAUCAACUGGUUGCAAGGUUUAUGCAAAUAUCGGUGAAGAUACGUAUGACAUUGUGAUCCCUGUCAAAGAUGACCCUGACGAAGGGGAAGCCAGACUUGAGAAUGAGAUACCAAAAACGUCUGGUGGUGAGACAGCAAACAAACGUAUGAAAGUAAAACAUGAUGAUCACUAUGAGUUAAUAGUAGAUGGAAGGGUCUAUUAUAUCUGUAUUGUAUGCAAAAGGUCAUAUGUCUGUCUGACAAGCUUGCGGAGACAUUUUAAUAUUCAUUCUUGGGAGAAGAAGUAUCCUUGCCGUUACUGUGAGAAGGUGUUUCCUCUUGCAGAGUAUCGCACAAAGCAUGAAAUUCAUCACACAGGGGAGCGAAGGUAUCAAUGUCUGGCCUGUGGGAAAUCUUUCAUCAACUAUCAGUUUAUGUCUUCACAUAUAAAGUCAGUUCACAGUCAAGAUCCUUCUGGGGACUCGAAGCUUUAUCGUUUACAUCCAUGUAGGUCUUUACAGAUCAGACAAUAUGCAUAUCUUUCUGAUAAGUCAAGCAGUAUGCCUGCAAUGAAGGAUGAUGGUGUUGGGUAUAAGGUUGAUGCUGGAAAAGAACCUCCAGUAGGGACCACCACAUCUACUCCUCAAAACAAGCCAAUGACCUGGGAAGAUAUUUUUAUUCAGCAGGAAAACGAUUCAAUUUUUAAACAGAAUGUAACAGAUGGCAGUACUGAGUUUGAAUUUAUAAUACCAGAAUCUUACUAAACUCCUUUGAAAUACCAGAAAGUUUUGGUUUGGAUUAAGGGGCAGGGAUUUCAGAAGACCUGUAAAACAAAUUAAGGUGCAAACAAGUUAUUUUGAUCUGCCACAUCAUCUGAAGGUAGUCUAGUGGAAUUAUUUGUUACUAAUUUUUAGAAGCAAAUUUUUCUGAAAGUUUGAGUAGAGAUUGAGAAGUUAUCCCUCCUGAGAAUCUGUUUAUAUAGUUAGUUUUUGACUCAUUUAAAGGAGGCAAAAAUAAAAAAACUUGGAGAGAGAGUUUUCUGAAUAGAAUUUGAAGCAGUCUGAAUGUUCUUUGAAAAAUAACUGGAGUUAUUAGCAUACCUUAGUACAUCUUAAAACUUUCCAUGUUAGCACUUUACUGCUGAAUUCCCAAUUUUCUUAACAUUGAGGCUAUAAAUGUGUGUUGUGUCUUGUAUAUGGCAUAAAAAGUAAACAAGAAUUUUUUAAAUUGCUCUGGAAAGUAUUAGAAUAAUCUCCACUUGGUUGUGUAUUCUACUAGUCCCAGAGGAUGGCAACCUCCUGCAGUCCUCCCUCCAUGAAAAUAUCCAUGCAGACAAAUCUCUCAUCUAAAGAACGAAUUAGAUUUAGCUAAUUAGAAUCCUUGCUUUUACUGCCAUAGCCUGCAAAAGACUUUGGUGGCUAGACCACUGUAUACUUUUGCAAUGUGGUCUCUGUGGGCAGAAAACUAAUGGAAAAGCAAAUCUCUGUAAUGCAGACAGAAGGAGAUGAAAAGUUCUGUCACACUUAAUUUUAAUUCUGUGCUCUUACAUGGUAGAGAAUGGAAUUGAAUGGAGAUGUCCUUUUUGCUUGUUAUGGUUAAAAAUAUUCUGAUGAAGAGUUUUCGAAUUUCAAAUCUGAAAGCCACCAAAUGAAUCUUUAAUUAUGUAUAAAUCUUUGUAAAUGAUAGAUUCCAUAGGUGAGACUUUUACAUAUUUUGGGCGGGAGGCUACUGGCAUAUAUUUUUAAAUGUUCAUAUUACUUAGAGUCUCCAAUAUGAAAUUUUUAUUUGAAAUAGUUGAAUCAGUGUGCUAGUAUUUUCCUUCAGGUUCCUUUUAGGUGUUUACCCCUUCUAAAAUAAAUUUUAUUCCAUCUGCAAAUUGCUGCAAUAUUAUAACAAUCAGAAACUACACAUGGAAUGUUUUAUAGGCUUGUCAAUUCCUGUUUAUCCUGACAACAAUAAAUACCACCUUUCUUCCUUUUAAAAUGACACAUGCUUAAACACUUAGAAAAUAAAGUCAAAACUUAUUAAAGCGCUAGUGUUAAAAGGAAGCAGAUUGGAACAAAUAUAUAGCCUAGCAUUUAUAACAAUUAACUUGUUGGACUUUUGUAAAUGACGUUUUUGCAAAGGAAAAAAAUUAAUAGAUAUUGGAAAAGAUUGUUGUGCAUAGUUAUUAGUCAUUUGUAACCUUGCUUAAGUAUUUCUUAGUUCAAAAUAGAUAUAUUCUUUCUCCUUACCAUGUAUUUUGGAAAAUAGUCUAUUUCUUGACUUUGAACUUAAAGCUUUAAUCAUAAUUUCUUAUGUAUACAUCAUUCUCCUGAUGGUAAGCUAGAUAAUGAUUUCAGUGUUUCUUAAAUUGGUAGCUGAGUGUAUCAGGCAUCCGUAUAUGCAAUAAUACAAGAAAAAAGAAAAUACAAUCCUUUGCUUACCAAGGGGGUAGAGUGAUGUGCAUUUAUCUGUUUUCUGCUCUGUAAGUCUAUACCUUCAAACCAUUUUGUAAACUAACCCUUGGGAAAUUUAAAAUGACCUUAUAACUUAAGGCUCUGUUAUCUCUGGAAUCACCAUAUCUGUUUCCUUUCUGUGUGGAUAUUAGUAACAUUACUCUUUGACUGUGGGGUGCACUCUAAAAUGUUCUCAGUGGAAAUUUGUUUGCAUUUCAUUAAUGCUAUUUCACCAGUUAGAUGUAAUUACUUCUACCAAUGUGAGUGAUACCAAUGCCAGCAGAGCUUUCAGACCUUUCAGACUCAACAGCUAGAUGCAUUAGUUUGUCAUAAUAAAACUUGGGUAGUUUCUACAAGCUAAUUAUGACAAACCAGGCAUUAAUUCUAUAAUGGAAAACUAUCCAUUCUGAGUAAUAUGGAUAUAAUUGUUUGCUGCUGCUGCUGUGCUCUGUAAAUUCUGAAUAUAAAAUUUAAAUUCUGUGCCUACUAAAGGUAUCUUCUGGAGUUUUUUGAGAGGAGGAGAACUGGAAAAUUAAUUUGUAUUUUUGCCAGAAGACUCUUACUUGCAUGUGUCUCAGGGUCUUCAGUUUUUCUAGAAGUUUCCAUAUCCAAAGUUCAGAGUUCAUGUUAAAUACUCCUUUGGGUCGAAAACCCUUCACUCCUGUUACUUAUUGGAUUGGAAAUCUGUAGCCAGAUGCUGCUGAGAAUUUACCACGAUGCUUUUCUAUCUUAUACUUAGUUUUCUGGCUGUUGAAAUUCUUUUUUUUCUUUGAAAUUGACUUCAAAUUUGCUCCUAUGGUAAAUUACUUGUAAAUAUUCUGGAUAGGAUCUAUUUGAAAUAGUAAUUUGUUAAAAGAAAUGACAAAAUGAAAAUGCUCAUACUAAGCAAAGAUUUUUAAAAGUCAUAGCAAUCUUGCAAGACUGAUUUAAAUAUAUAUUUUAGAUGAUUAUCAUUUUGAUGAUAACAAUCCCCCACAUACAACCACUAUGAAGAAAUGCCACAUUUUUUCCCAUUGUACCAAAGCGUUAAAACAAAUGGUAAACAUUGACCUCUAGGUAUUUUGUAUUGUCAAGGCAUGCAUAUUCUAAAUAAUUAAAUGCUAACUCAACAGCACUGGCUUCCUGGCCUCUGUCAGUCAUAUGAAACCUUGUUUAUUUCCCCCAAUACUGUAAUGUUCAUACUUGUACAAUCUUCCCUGUCAUGACUUUAAGUUCUACUUUUCAUUAACCAUUGCCUGAUACUAGUUCCUAGAGCUUCUUUCGGCAAAAAUAAAAUGUUUUAAUUCUGA